AUGGGCGAUAAUGACGAACGACCAAGUACUCGUCGACGCGCCGCCAGGACAACUGAAGUACAAGAACAAUUACUUGAUAAUGAUGAUAGCUAUUCUCAACAACGGCGCAUAAAAGGACAAAGGUCUUCAAUUAUUUCAAGAAUAAUCGGUGCAAUAAAAUGGACAAGCAUAGCUUUUGUCAUUUCUUGGUAUUUUGAGUUAUUACAAGGAAUCCAACAAGUGUUGGAAAAUAGUUGGACGAGAACGAUCUUUUACCUAUCAUUAUUCGCACUAUUAAAUAUCAUAACGAUUUUUGUAUAUUUACAAUAUUAUAUACCGUUCACCAAAGAUGUCCCACCACCAAAUUAUGGUUUAUGGGAUGUUGAUGAUACUUUGAAAAAAUUUAUUCCUAUAGCCACUAUUCUGAGUAUAAUAUGUGUAAUGGGCUUAUUAAUUAGUUUUUGGAACAUUUGGGGAUUCUUCGGUACUCCUCUAAUAGUGUUUUCUUUAUUAACUAGCUUUAUUUCUAUUUUAAAUAUUUUGUAA